AUGGCCGCCAAUGCCGUGGAUAAAGCUGCCAGCGGGCCCCAUGCAAUCGACUUUCAUCAUCCGUACACGCCCUACGACGUGCAGGAACAGUUCAUGAAAACCGUUUAUGACGUCUUGGAGAGAGGCGAUGGCCAAGUUGGCAUCCUAGAAAGCCCUACUGGAACCGGGAAAUCUCUGUCACUGAUCUGCGCAGCGUUGACGUGGCUUCGCAGUCACAAGAUAUCAAAUCUGGAGACCUCGGUAGACGAGGCGGUCAAGGCAUAUCAAGAUGAGCCAGAUUGGGUCGUCGCACAGAUGUUGAAGAGAAAGCGGGAUGACGUGAUCCAGCAGUGGAAAGACCGUGAAGCCCGGCUCGAGCGUAUUCGUGUCAAGGAGAAGUCCAUGGAGGCACGGGGCACCAAGAGGAGGCGUGUUCACGAACCAGGCGCCAGGGCAUUAGCAUCGUCUGAUCAGCUCGAGGCUGAGUUUCUGCUUGACGACCGGGACAGCGGAGACGGUGAACAGGUUGGUGAGGUAUCAAGCUUCAGUAAAGAGACAAGGAGCUUGAUGGAAAAGCUAGGCAUGGGUCCAUCCAAGAGCCGCGAUGAGGAGGACGAGACGGUCGAUGAACCGGUCAAGAUCUACUACACCUCCAGGACGCAUUCGCAACUCUCUCAGUUUGUUUCAGAACUUCGCAGGCCCAAUUUUCCGCCUUCCAUGCCUGCUUCGCUGCAGGAUGAAGCGGACAAACUGGAAGUAGAAGGUGUCAAACAUGUCCCUCUAUCUUCGCGGCAACGUCUGUGCAUCAACCCGGCUGUAUCCCGUCUGGGAUCCCUAGCCGCUAUCAACGACAAGUGCGCUGACUUGCAGCAAUCAAAGUCCAGCUCGAAAUGCCAAUUUGUUCCCAAUGCCGAGAAUCUUGGCCCCACCCACCAGUUUCGCGACAAUGCAUUGGCUACGCUUCCAGAUAUUGAGGAUUUAUUUGACCUCGGCAGGAAAUUGUCGAUCUGCCCAUACUAUGCCUCCCGAACCGCCAUGCCUGGUGCUGAAGUCAUCACUCUUCCGUACCCCUUGUUGCUACAGAAGACAGCUCGGGAGGCUCUUGGAAUCAAGCUAGAGGGCAACGUGGUGAUCAUAGAUGAAGCGCACAACAUCAUGGAUGCGGUUUCCAACGUCUACGCUGCUGAGAUUAGUCUAAGAGAUCUUAAGCGUGGUAGACAGAUGCUGGGUGUCUACGUCAAAAAGUUUGGCAAGAGGCUCAAAGGGGACAAUAGAGUUAUGGUAGCCCAAGUGGCAAGAGUCAUAGAUGGCCUCAGCGAGUGGCUGAAUGGUGCAUCGAAUUCAAAGGGCCAACAGGGCAUCGUUGAUCCAAACGUCUUGCUCCAGACCAAGGGCCUUGAUCAAAUCAAUCUGUACAAGCUCAUUCAGUACAUACAGGAAUCCAAGUUGGCGUACAAAAUCGAAGGCUAUGCAGCUCAUAUCGAAGAGCAGAAUGACAAGGCCUCGCAACCAAUGUCAUCGACACCUGUGCUGCACAACCUGCUCUCUUUCCUCGUGACACUCACAAAUUUGAGCUCUGAAGGUCGUAUAUUCUACCACAGAACCUCGGACAACACUGCGGAGGUGGAUAUCAGACUCUCCUACCUGCUCCUCUCGCCCACUUACGCCUUCUCCUCCAUCGCCUCCAGCGCUCGAGCCGUCAUUCUUGCUGGCGGUACCAUGUCUCCCUUUGAAGACUACACUGCUCAUUUGUUCCCUGAUCUGGCGUCCCAGAAAAUUACAACUCUGAGCUGUGGUCACGUUAUCCCGGCAUCCAACUUGUGCGUUCGGACACUUGCUAUGUCGAAGCCAGGACUGGAUUUUGAGUUCAGCUUCCAGAAACGCAGUGAUAACGCCAUGAUCCGCGAGCUUGGAAUCGCCAUCCUCAAUAUGUGCAGUGUCGUUCCAGAUGGCAUGGUUGUCUUCUUCCCAAGCUAUGGGUAUCUAGACGAAGUUGUUACUGUAUGGAGUGAGGUCACCCAAACUGCGACCGCCAGACAGGAAUCCAUUUGGGCCCGGUUACAGAGCAGAAAGGCGCUUUUUAGAGAAACCAAAGGCGGGUCUAGCGACGAGGUUCUCGCACAUUACACCGAGUCCAUCUUAGGCGACCCGACAAAGCCGGGGUCGAAAGGAAAUGGGAAAGGCGCCCUAUUGCUGAGCGUUGUGGGCGGCAAGAUGAGUGAGGGUAUCAAUUUUUCGGAUCGUCUUGGCCGGUGUGUCAUCGUAGUCGGAUUGCCGUAUCCAAAUAUCAACUCACCAGACUGGAAGGCAAGAAUCGAGUACAUAGAAUCGACCACGCUGGAAAGACUCACUGCUGCUAACACAGGAAUGGCCAAGGUGGAGGCGGCAGCCACAGCGAAGCAGGCUGCGCGAGACUUUUACGAGAACGCGUGCAUGCGAGCCGUGAAUCAGAGUAUUGGGCGAGCAAUCAGACACCGAGGGGACUACGCUGCAAUUGUACUUGCCGACCGAAGAUUUGGAACAGAAAGAAUAAGAGGGAAGCUACCCGGUUGGAUACAGGGAGGCCUGGUGAGUUCGAGUGAGAAGAGUGGACUCGGACAAUUGAUGGGAACACUUGGAGGGUUCUUCAGAGGAAAGAAAGAGGCUAUGUGCUGA